AUGGACCUCCGACCGGGGCUGGAUACCCUAGGGUAUGACAUGUCCCAGUUCAUGCCUCAGCACCCUCCCCAGAUCUUUGGCGCCUACAACCCGGACGGAACGCCUAUCCCUCCGACGUUGCCCCCCGGCUCAUACUUUGGAGACCUGAACGAUGGCAUGGUGGAUGAGAAUGAUCCCAAGCGCCGACGUAUUGCGAGGGCUUGUGACAUGUGCAGAAAGAAGAAAAUCAAGUGUGAUGGGAAGAUGCCCAAGUGCGGGCAUUGUAUCAACUACAAAACAGAAUGCAUCUUCACGCAGGUGGAAAAGAAACGUAAUCCUCCCAAAGGAGCCAAAUACAUUGAAGGCCUAGAAAACCGACUCGGUCGGAUGGAAUCGUUGCUACGCAUGUCCGGUCUCCUGACUGAAGAUGAUGCGGGCAAGACCGACCUUGGUACGUUAGAAAAACGUCUGGCUGAGAAAGCGUCUGCCAAAGCCAUGGGAGCGAAAGGAACAGAAUCUCCCGCCCCCCCAAAGAGCGGCGCGAGUUCUUCGGCCCCCGAGAGUUCGAGUCGACCGGGCUCUACGCAUCAUUCACACGAUACUCCCCGGGAAACCAUUGCCACACCGAGUACGGAGAACGGGGAAAGGUCUCGCGAAGAGGUCGAAAACCUCUCCGAAGCCAUGUGUUCGCUGGUGACCAACAAUGUGGGCGAGACACGAUACGUUGGUUCUUCUUCGGCGUUUUCCAUCUUCUCCAACAAAGGUAUCGAAUGGGUCAACGAAAAGACCGGAGAUACCUCGUUCCAAGAGACUAUACAGAAUGCUGUCAACGAAGAGGACAACAAGUGGAUGUAUUGGAAACCCGAAGUCUUUGGGGACAUCUUUGUCCGCCGUGUCUUCAAACCCCUGCCACCCAAGGAGGAGGCCCUCUCAUUAUUCAAGGACUUCUUCGAGAACUUUAAUUGCAUGUUCCCCCUCUUCCACGAGCCCACCUUUAUGCAUCUCGUGGAGAAACAAUACUCCAAAGAACCGUAUGAAGGAAGUGGCUGGUGGGCAAGUAUCAACGUCGCACUGGCCAUUGCCUAUCGCAUCCGCGUCAUGAGCAACGUUGUUCCCCAAGAGGACGACCAGAAAGCCUGGCUGUACCUGAAGAAUGCCAUGGGAGUCAUUACCGAGCUGACGAUGCGGAAUACCGACCUCCUCAGUGUACAAGCCCUCCUUGGCAUGGCGCUUUUUCUGCAAGGGACACCCAACCCUCAACCAUCCUUCUUUCUUAUCUCGGCGGCAAUCCGAUGCUCUCACACCAUAGGAUUGCACAAACGUGGAUCGCACUUUAAUUUAAAUCCAAUCGAGGCAGAGCAACGGAAGCGAGUUUUCUGGAUCGCAUAUCUUCUCGACAAAGACUCGUGUUUGCGAGCAGGCCGGCCUCCGGCGCAAGACGACGACGAUAUGAAUGUUGACUUGCCAUCCGAAGAUCCUCCCGACAAUAUUGGAAAUGUCCCACUAGCCGAUGGGAAAGGCAAGGUCAAUCUCUUCCGCCUCAUGUGCGAGUUCGCCAUCAUAUCUAGCAAAGUCUACCGACAGUUGUACUCCGUACAAGCAUCGAAGCAAAGCGACGGUGAACUUCUCAACACAAUCGGAGAGCUCGACCGGGCAUUGGAAGCUUGGAAAGACAGCAUUCCACUGGACUUCCGUCCCGAGCAUGAAAUAAAGACAGCCCACACUCCCCUCAUCCUGCACAUUGUCGUCCUCCACUUUUCUUAUUACAAUUGCCUAACCACGAUACACCGAAUGUCGGUCCAUCAUGGGUAUUGGACGAGCCGGUUGUCAGAGUACGCCAUCCAAGGUCUCAACGCCAGACCACUGAACCCCAGAGUGUUUUCGUCGGCCGCACUUUGUGUUUCAGCAGCCCGUGCCUCGAUCCAUCUCAUCAAAUACAUUCCUCAGGGUGACUUUGCCUGUGUCUGGUUGGUUCUAUACUUUCCGGUAUCAGCGCUCGUGACACUCUUUGCCAAUAUUUUGCAAAACCCACAAGAUACCCGUGCCAGAGCUGACAUCAAGCUCAUGGACCUUGUAGUGAACUUUCUGUCGAACGUCGCACAUGAUGAGGGUACAGGUUCUCUGAAUCGCAUGCUCACCGUCUGCUCAGAGUUUGCUCGCAUUGCACGAGUUGCAAUCGAGAAAGCUGAGAAGGAAGGCUCGAAACGCAAACGACGACUCGUGCCUGAGGAAGUCUUGCGGGUUAAUCAAUCGGCCAUGGCCCAAGUUCAGGCUCAGAUCAAUGGACGGCAGUCUACCUCGAGAAGAUCUAGUGGGGCGGGUGGUUCUCCUAGCAAUGCUCCCAAUGUGCCCAAAACACAUUCUCCGACCGUGGCCAACGCCAAUACCAGCACGAGGACCAACCCACAACCUUUUUUCAACGUACCCGGUUUCGAUGGGAACGAGUACGCCGACAUGCUCAGUCAGAAUGGUAUGAGUCCGGACGUGGGACAAAUGCCCAGCGCCACCAUGUCUCCUCUCAACGCCGGUUCCUUCCAACAACCUUUCGUACCUCAAGAUUUGUGGCAAAUGCCGAUGACCUUUGAGUGGGAUUGGGCCGAAUUUGGGCAAUCCGGCGGCGGCGGCUACAACGAUUUCAUAUUCAGCGAUGGCAUGAAUGACGGGACAAUGCCUCAAUAG